AAGGAAGAUGAAGCAGAGCUGGCGCGGAUGGGGUACAAACAGGAGCUACGGCGUGAGCUGGGGUUGCUUCAGAACUUCGGCAUCUCGUUCUCCAUCAUCAGUGUCAUCACUGGCCUUCCUUCGCUCUUCCUCUAUGGCUUGAAUACUGGAGGGCCAGCAGUCAUGGUUUGGGGAUGGAUUAUUGUCUCCGUCGCAACUAUGCUAGUCGGUCUUGCCAUGGGCGAGGUAUGCAGCGCACACCCUACAAGCGGUGGCCCAUACUUUUGGGCUGCUAUGCUCUCUGACCCCAAGGAUGCCCCUCUCGCUUCGUGGAUAACUGGCUGGUUCAACCUUCUAGGACAAGUUGCCGUCACUACCGGGAUUAGCUUUGCAUGCGCAAACUUCAUUUCGACAGCUGCAACUUUCGGGACGAGCUUUGAGCCCAACGCCAACACUGUCAUUGGCGUUUACGCAGCCGUCUUGUUCAGCCAGGGAAUGAUCAACACCUUUGGCGUUCAUCUUCUCAAAUACCUCAACAACAUCUCUGUCUGGUGGCACGCCGUUGGUACGACCUCACUUGUUAUCGCUGUGCUCGCUCGGGCACCGACACACCAGUCCGCGAAAUGGGUGUUCACGACGUUCCUCGAUGGAACGGGCGUCGACGGUGCUGAAGGCUGGGGCGCACGCGCGAGCCACGCAUAUGUCGCGGUCAUCGGGAUCUUGCUCGCGCAGUAUACCUUGACAGGCUUCGACGCAAGUGCUCACAUGACCGAGGAGACGCAGAACGCAGCCAUGGCUGGCUCACUCGGCAUCGUCAUGGCCAUCGGUGUCUCAGCCGUGCUGGGCUUCUUCCUCUUGCUCGGCCUCUUGUUCUCCAUCCAGGAUUUGAACGCGGUUCUCGAUAGCCCGACGGGCGAGCCUGUCGCUCAGAUCUUCUUAGAUGCUGUCGGUGAGAAAGGAGCUAUCGUUCUGAUGGUCAUUGUAAUAGGCGCUAUGUACUUUUGCGGAACCUUCUCCAUCACAUCUAACUCCCGCAUGAUGUUCGCGUUCGCUCGAGACGGAGGUAUCCCAGGUCACACAUUCUUCCGCAAGGUCGACUCCAAGCGCGGCUCGCCGGUCCGUACCGUAUGGCUGGCGUGCACGCUCAGCUUUAUCCUCGGCCUUCCCUCCCUCGGAAGUUCCGUCGCGUUCUCGGCGGCGACGUCCAUUGCAACCAUUGGGCUAUACAUCUCGUACGGCGUUCCGAUCGCUCUCCGCGUCAUAUACCGCAAACGCUUCGUGCGUGGCCCUUUCCACCUCGGCCCAUUCUCGCUACCCGUCGCCAUCGCUGCGGUAGCGUGGAUAGCGUGCAUCGCGAUCGUCUUCAUUCUCCCGCAGGCCAACCCGGUGAACUCGCAGACGCUCAACUACGCGAUCGUCGCUGUGGGGAUCGUCAUUGUGUACAGCGUCGGCUUCUGGCUGAUCAGUGCGCGCAAAUGGUUCACGGGGCCCGUGAAGCAGAUUGAGGAUGAGCAAAAUGGAAAGGGGCUAGACGACGUAAUUGUUUCUUCGUAACUAAUUGAUUUACUCGUGAUACUACCUAACAUCAGUGAGCCCUUUGUAGUAAUUUUCGUCAGUCAUCAUGAAC